GGAAUAAUGGAAGCGAGGCAAUCGAUCUAUUAUGAAUACGAGAAUGCUCAGUUUAUACCACACUUUACAGGCAUGCUGGCAAUAAAUGUUAUUAUCAUAUCAUAUAAUCCUCAAAACUGAUUAUGAAUCACCACAAUAUUAAGAUCAGUAAUUUCAGCAAUUUAGAUGCUGUCACUUAUCCUAUAAUCAAAAUAACUGGCAGUGUACAGCAUGCUACUAGUUCGUCGUGUCAAAAUCAGGAAAAAUUUAACAUUUAUUUAUGUUUAAAUAGUAACCACGAUGUCUUUUCUACCUGUCUUAUUAACGAUAAAUUUAAAUUCUUGGUGGAAUUACAAAAUGGAAAAAAUAAAAUUAUCGUCAAGUAUUGCUGCGAAUUUAUUUCACUCAUUUUGGAAUAUUUUCCCAUUAUAUCAGAGACUGCUGUGAUACCAUUGUAUGUGAUAUGUGAAGACCAUGAUGGUUGUUUUCAAGCCCCACCAUGGGAAAAUAAUACCAUAGAAAGUGCUUGUAAACGAAUCACUGUUUGCUCAAAAUUAUUACAGUGUGUUACUGCAGAAAAAUUGUACGAACAUGGAUUGGGUAGAAAAACGUUCUUAUUAACUGGAGACUGUCAAGUUUUCAGAAGUCAACUGAGUUGUUCGAAUGCAAGAAGUAUGAGUCAAACUGAAUUGUGGCAAAACAUAGGACGUGAAAUCAUGAAAUCUAGUUUAGGAUGUGAAAAUAAAAAGUUUUUAGCUUUCUUAUCGUGUACCAAAUAUUGUGGUAAUAAAUACAAAGAAGGGAUAACCAAAUCUCAUGAGAACCUUUUGGAUAUAACUCAAGGUUACGUUGCAUUAGGUGGAGGUGGAUUAGCAUUGUUUGGAACAGCUUGUCUUUAUACUUGGCCGGAAACUUUCGAAGAAAUUAUACCUAGAUUUGAAGCUAGUGAUUUGGUGGACAGAACUCAAUUUUUAGAUGACAGUUGCUACAGGGGAACUUUGGGAGCUUGUUUUUCAACUACUUUGGGGUCUGUUCUGCAUGAACUUUUCCACACAUUUGACUUGGGUCAUACAGAAGAAGGAAUCAUGGGAAGAGGUUUCGAUAACAUUUAUAAAGUUUUUACAAAUAUAAACGUUUCUAAUGAACACAUUGAGGCACAGAGACCCUUUCAAGAUAAAAUCGAGUUCAAGGAAGAGUUCGAACCUGAUAGUUUAUUCGAAAGAUUACGUAAAGAAAACAAAAAAAAAGAAUUUACUAUCAUAAAGAAGUUUGAAGAUAUUGAUGAUACUAUUUUGACCAAAAGCUGUGCUGUGAUACUUUGCUAUCACAGGUGGUUUAACACAAGCAUUACAAAACAAUCGUCACUACUAUCAUUCGACCCAAUAAACAAAUUGAUUAAAUCGACAGCAGGUAUCAGAGUUGUUGAGGUAAGAAGUUUGAGUAAAGAACUAGUGUUGCGAAGUUGGGUUUUCGAUGGAAGAAUUCUAAAAUUUUCUUUCCAAGUUCCACAGGAUAUUACUUCCUUAACUGAUAAUCAAAACUAUUUAAUUUUCGUUGAAGAUACCAUAGGAUGCAUUUUAAAAGAACAAGUUACUGUUUAAAUUAAAAAGAGUAUUAGAUAGAAAGUAUUUUUAGCAGUUAUCCAGAGUUUAAGAAAAAAUUAUUAACAUCAUUUUCAAAAGAAGAAUAAAUAUUAUUAUAAUAAAUGAAAAAACAGAGCAGUUAACGUCCAGAUGAAAGUAUCUACCAAAAUUUGUGUGCAAGCCCUUCUUUCUUAUGAGCCAAAUAUUUUCAUAUGCCCAAUGUAAUUUUUAUUUUAAUCAUUACACGUUAUUUCAUAAAUACCUUUAUUUUCCAAAUCUAUUAGCUUUUUUCGGGGUUCUAGUAAUGAGAAUUAUAUUAAUUACUUCAAAUUUAGUUCAUUCUUUGUCUUAUUUUGCUUGUUUUUUCUCUCAAAUUUCAAUCGAUUUUAGACAACCCACAAUACAUUUGCAAACAAAUUUUAAUCUGUUAUAAUAAUAAUUAUAAGCCCUUUUGUACUUCAUCCUUUAAUUUAUAAUCAUAUUGUAGUCUAAUGACCGCAUUGAUGAAAUUAUUCAACUUAAAAUUUUCUUUUUUUGAAAUUUGUUUUGAUAUUUCAGUGUUUCAAAUAAAUUACGAGAUAACCUGUAUUAUGAUAAUGUAGAAUGAUCACUACUAUAAUUAAUAAAAAUUUUAAACUAAAAGUGCCAAUUCGUAAAAUUAGAGGUUUCUAAAACGUAUAUUUUUGUAAAUUGGAAUUUAUUUACAACAUAGAAUUAAUUUUUUAAUAGUGGCCAAUAUUUUUUAGAGAGAAAGAAUUCUUACUUACUACGAAUCUAUUUUCCAUCCAUAAUUGUUUAGCUUUUUGGUCUAUUCUGUAGAGAUAACUUAGUGUAAUUUAAACUUGAAUUUAAAAUGUUAUUUGAUGCCUAUGCAAUUUUAAUAAAUAUCAAAUUCAUAUUUAUUCUAGGGACUCAAUGUAAUCACUCUUAUAAAAUGUUCAUUAUAUUAGCAAUUAAAAGUUUUUUGAAAGUUCAA